GGUCACAGAAAGCAGGAGUUGGGUAUUUUUAGUUUUGAAAACUGGUGAGCCGCCAAGCAGCUGGGGAAACGCGAAUUGAUUCUCACCUCAAGAGGACUUGUAUAAUCACGAUUAUACUGCAGGAUAAAAAUGGCCGCAAAAGAACAUCGCAAAAGAUCUGUAAGUUUUUCCGAGCUGGUUGAUGCCCCUCUCCCGAUCACCCACCCAAGACCCAUCAGCUUCAAGAAAACCAUAGAGCAUAUUGAAUUAGAUCUUGCGAACCAACCUGUCGACCCUUGUAAGAGGGGGCCAGAUUCAACGAUAAAUUACACAGAGCUUUUCCUAGCCUCAACAUACAUUAAUGAUGCAAGAUAUGCCCGCAGCUAUAAACAUAAAGUUGAGCAGGAGUAUUUAAAAUAUUAUGCAUUAUACAACACAGCCUUCUUGACAUAUGCUCUUUACUUUUUCCUGUUUUUAAAUUUGUCUUUGGCCCUAUUUGAGGAACCGGCCGUUAACAAUCUAAGUUUGCCGUAUUGGUCCACCAUGCUUAUGGAGUUGCUGUGCUUGGGAUAUUUCACGUUUCGUCUUGUUCACUCAAAAAGGUUUUCUUCAGGGCUUCGCUGGUGGACAGAUACAAAGCAUCUAAUAACUGUUAUUAUAUUACUGUUAACAUGCAUAGAUAUCAUUCUAUACAUCAUUUUGAAAGAGGCUUGUAAUAGCUGUACUGUUGUCCGAUGGUCAAGGUGUCUUCGGCCACUCUUUCUGGUCAAUUUCACUGAGAUGAAACAGCUUCGUCGUAGUUUUCGCAACAUACGCCGUACCUUGCCAGAGAUAUUUUACGUGCUAAUCUUGCUCUUUAUUGUGAUUGGUCUGUUUGCAUUACUCAUGCGGGAGCUCUUUAAGGAUGAAAACCUGUUUAUGCCAGAUGGGACUCCCUACAUGACUGCCUACUGGGAUAACAUUUGGCAUUUGUAUGUGUUGGUUACAACUGUCAAUAGUCCAGACAUAAUGAUGCCAGCCUACGACAAAAAUGCUUGGAAUGUACUCAUAUUCAUUGCUUACAUCAUCAUCUGUAUCUACAUCUUGAUGAGCAUCUUUUUGGCUGUAAUUUAUAAGAACUACAGAAAACAUCUAAAAAAUGAAGUUCAAAGGUCCGUGUUUGCCAAGAGACGUCAACUGAAUAGAGCGUUUGACAUUCUUAAAGUUUUUAAUGGCAAUCAAUUCAUCAUACCUUGGGUACGGUGGAAAGUGGUCAUGAAGUUGGUAGUCCCUCAUCGAAGCGAAGUGUUGAUUAGGUUAUUAUGGGAUAUCAUUGAUGAGGAUGAAGAUGAUCAGAUAGGUAAAGCUGAAUUUAUGCACGUGGUGGACCUAUUGAAUACCGAGAUUUCUGAGGUUGCGGAUCGUAUUCCACUAAUCGGUAGAACUUUCCCACAAUGCUAUGAAUCAACAAUAAGUAGAAAAAUAAAAGAUUGUGUGAGAGCUCCAAUUUUCCGAUAUUUUUUUGAUGUUAUCAUCGCAAUAAACGCAUUCUGCAUUGGCUUUCGAUGGGACCAAACCGAGUGGUUUUUUUUGACGUUAUUUACCUUAGAGAUCAUCCUCAAGCUGUACACUUUGGGAGGACAUCAGUUUUGCAGAAAACCUUGGAAUGUAUUUGAUUUCGUGGUGAUAAUGGGUGCAUUAAUAGCUAGUAUUGUUGAAAGUGUAACUGAGGAUAACUUGGAUUUCUUGCUUGUUCUUAGAGUGCUACGAUUGGUCAGAAUUAUUGCAGAAAUAGAAAGAUUUAAAGUCAUCCUGGCAACCGUUGCAAAUAUUGGGCCAUCAAUCCUAUCAUUCGGCGCUGUCCUGUUUGUUGUAUAUUAUGUAUUUGCCAUCAUCGGUAUGGAAGUGUUCGGAGGGCUUAUCACGCAUUAUGGGUACCCGGACAAAUACGAUGAUCCAUCUCAAGAAUACUGCGGCAACAUUAAACUUAAGGGGUCUGUGUUCUAUCGUGAACAUUACUGCCAUAAUAAUUUCAACAACAUUAUCAAUUCUAUGAUACUACUUAUUGAACUCACAGUUGUUAAUCAGUGGCAUAUAAUAGCAUCAGGAUUUGUAUUAGUUACCAACAAAUCUGCAAGAUUGUUCUUCAUUCUCUUCCACAUGUCCGUUGUUAUAGUCGUUAUAAACAUUUUCAUUGCAUUCAUUCUUGAAGUAUUCAUGGUGGAGUUCUCAUUAUCAAACAACAACUUUGAAUCGACAGUGGAGCGCCGGAUCAACGAACUUGGGCUUGGCGUUACAGAGAUAGCAGAAGGAAAGUUUGAAGCACAAAGUCCGAAAAAGUGUUUAAAGGCGCGAGGGAGAGAGACCAACCAAGAGGACCUGGUUGAUAACGGAGCACCAAUCGCAAGUGAGGAUGCACUAGAGAAUGGAGGACAAGAUACGACUGAGGGAAACGCCAGAGCCAGAGAUGAUGGCGUACGGUUUAGACUUAAAGGCAGAUCUAGAAACGUUGAGGUCGUCUUGCAGAGGCUGUUUGAAGGAGAGCUUAACAGAGAUGACUUGGGCUCAUCCAACGUAACGAACAUUGACGAUCUCGAGCCGGAAGAUAUGACUCCUACCCCCCUUACAUUUGAAAAUAUAACAUAGCAUCAUUGUUGUAUGGUUUUCUAUGUUACAUUACUAAAUGUUUUCGUAAACUCGUCCCCACAAUCAGCAUUUGCUUCCUCCCACUCAUGAGAGGGAUUCAUAGUAAUAUCUACAGUAUAUUAAUAAUUAUAAAUAAUAAUAAUUAUAAUUAUAAUUUUUGUUAUUAUGAUUAUUAUUAUUACUAAGAAACUGGUUCAUCUCCUUGUAUUAAAGUGUGUUAGCUAGCCAUAAUCAUGUCAUUAUAAUUUUUGAAGCAUAUAUACAGUAUUAUAUAAAACAAUCUUUAAAAGGAAAAAUUGAAAUAUUAAAUUAAAACUUACUUUGAAUUAUAUGUUUAAUUUAAAUGAAAUAUUUAAGAAAAAUUAUAUUGCUGCUCUAAAUGCUGCUGAAUGCCAAUAAUACUUUAAUUAUUUGUAUUAAUGUGAUGAUAAUAUUCAGUAUCAUAUCAAAAAUGAAAAUAAGAUAAAAACAUAUGAUUUAUAUGAAUCGGGAUGAUAUUAUGAUAACGUGAAAAUUUAAAAAAACAUGUAUAAUAAAUGUUUUUAAUUUGGAAUAAGGUGGGGGCUACCCACACAAUAGAGAAAAAAUCUAUAUUCAGAAAAUUACAUGGCUUUUAAAACAAUGCAAGUUA